CAUCGACAGAGUAAUACGUGCCCGCCCUCGCGACAGGCUUUUCCGAUUUCCUAAACUCGUGUUCAGUUAAAAUCUACCCCCACUUCAUGCUUCAUCUAUGAAAUGUGGACAAUGGAAUUUGCUUCGUUUUACUUUCGAUCAAUCGAAAGUGGAAGAAUACAACUCUGAUUGAGCGAAGAGAGAUAAAUUCGAAGAGAGCCGAUGACUUGCUGUGGUGGGGCUACAUUAGUUGAAGAGUAUGGCGAACGACACCGACGCAUAUUGCGUGCCCGGCGCCACAAAUUUCAACAAGGCGUACAGCAGACUUCACGGCUAUAUCGCACUAGUGAUAUGCAUCGUCGGGUCCGCAACGAACUCCAUAAACAUUGCUGUUUUGAGUCGUCGGGAAAUGUCAAGCUCCACGAAUUCCAUAUUGACUGGACUGGCCGUUGCAGACCUUCUCGUCAUGCUUGAAUACAUCCCUUACGCUCUUCAUAUGAAUAUCAAAAUAGGACCUCAAGUGAACAAGAAUACGUAUGCAUGGACAGUCUUUGUUUACUUCCACUCAAUAUUUAGUCAAACGUUCCACACUAUUUCAAUUUGGCUGGCUGUGACUUUGGCGGUUUGGCGCUAUGUUGCCAUUGCGUUUCCACAACGAAAUAGAACGUGGUGCAACAGGAAAAAUACAAUAACCGCUAUAGUGAGCGCGUACGUGAUCUGUCCUUUUUUGUGUUUACCUAUUUAUUUCGCUAUGACCAUCGUGCCUAGUGAAGUGACAUCGAAGAACAAUUCCGAAUUUGCAGAGGACUUAGCUUUACCCCAAAAUCGGACCGUUUAUCUAUUAGAAAUGUCCAAAAACGUUGAAUUAGUCACAGCGAUCAUGUGGAUUUACAGUGUAAUAUUAAAACUAGUUCCGAGUAUAGCGUUGUCGAUACUGAGUACGUGUUUGAUAUCUAAGUUGACAACGACUGAGAGAAGGAGGCAAAAUCUUCUCAAGCGAUCAACAGUUGGGCCAAAUGAGCCAGAAAAGCAGUGUCUUGCAGAUGACUCAAAUACACGUCGAUCCAGCCGAACAGACCGCACCACACGGAUGCUACUGGCCGUGCUAGGCCUCUUCCUCUCUACAGAAGUGCCUCAAGGUCUACUUGGACUAGCAAGCGCAGUAGCUCCGGACUUUUUCAAAAACUGCUACAGUAUGUUCGGCGACCUCAUGGAUAUGUUGGCGCUCUUCACGUCCUCCGUGAACUUCGUGCUGUACUGCAGCAUGAGCCGUCAGUUCAGGUGCACGUUCGCUCGCCUGGCCAGACGAAUGUUGUACGCCGCCGAAGAACCAGCCAAAUUUGCUGCGAAAUUGGAGCCUACCACUCAAAAAGGAAAGCUUGAAAAAUACUUUGAAGUGUGCCGGAGCAUGCGUUCUUACAAAUCCUGACCAAUAGGUCACUGGGCCGCUUUAGCGACAAAUUCCCGCCCUCAUUAGGGUGGUUGAGGAGAGUAUCAUGUAAGUGUUCAAAAGGUAGCUUCGCUCUCUAAGCUCGUAG